AGUGGAAAGAGUUGAACCGCAUAAAGAACAUGUAAAGGUGCUCCUCCUAAUUGCUAUAAAACAUUCUCAAAUUCAUAUUGAGAUCUCAACAUAAUUUGGAAAGAACUAUCGCAAAAUGAAAGUGCUGAUUUUUGUACUGACCAUGGUCGUUUACCAGGCUGUUUGCGAAGUCUAUUUGUUUGGUUUGGAUAAGGGUUUGGAUCCACCACAGAAAAAUGAAGAUCACGAAGAAGAUUAUAUGAAGCUGGACAUGAAGAUUAAUCACGAACUCAAGUACCGUCGGUACAUGGAGACAGAGCAAGAGACCUGUGACAGAUCAGUCAGAGUGGCAGAAAACUUGCUGCACAGGUUCUUCAGGGACCUAGAUGUCUUGCUAACAUCUACCGUUAAAACACAUCAACUUGAUAUCCCUCUGUGUGAACGCUAAAGUGGCCACUGAGUGUAUCAAGAUACUCAGUACAUUCCCAGCACAGGUCGUUACAGCUGAGUUUGAAAAGUUUAAUACAUGUAUGAAGCCAGCAUUACAAGCACAAAUUCAGCUAGACGAAACGUUUCCUUCACUUUUCGACCAAUACCGUCUUGGAUACUCCACUGCUUUGGAAAAGAUUGACACAUGUGAAAGUCAGUACCCUAACGUACAGAACAAGGAUCAGAAGUAUCGAUGUAUACAAAGGAACUAUCGUAGAUACUUCUCUAAAACGAUAAAUAUCACCGUAGAACAGUUUCAGAGUCCGUGCAUGCAGACCUUUGUCAAGAAUGCCAUCACAUGUGUGACUAAUAGCGCUCACAUCAUGAAGGCCAAGACUGAGGAGUACAGAACACUCCUCAGCAUGUGUGCACACAUCGACGAUAUGGCGUCAAGUGAGUGUUCGGAUCCAAAUGAUUUUGAGAUGACAUUGGAGCCUUCAGUGUUGGAUCAAAUAGAACAUGCACAAGACAUGUUUGCCGCAUUGAACCAACAAUUCGAGGACAAGAUCGAACAACUAUUCAAACUGAAUCUUAAGGCCUCGCGGAAACCAAGGCAACUGACGUACGAUUUCGUCUACGACGACGUGAGCAAGAUGUUUGCACCUUACCUCUCGGCUGUGAACCAGACCCUGGCGGAUAAUCGCCAUCCAGAAGAGAUAACGUGCGGCUUGAAAGCGGAGCUGUCUAUAAGGAACAGUAUUGCUCAAGGAGUCGAGGAUUACGAACAAUGCUAUCAAGAAACCGUUACUGGAAUCAACGAAAAAGUGAGAGAAAUCAGGGAAGAGUACAAAACAAUCGGCGAGAAACUCAAAAUGGGUGGAAAUGUGGCCAUCUUGUGGUGCCUGGACGCUGGUUAUGUCUUCGGCACGAACGAUAUCAAAGAGUGCUUUGACUUGAAAAUCAGGGAGUUGUCCAACACGGUACAUUUCGAGGCUCUGGAGAAGCGCAUGACAGAGAUCGAGGAUGUUGACCUCUCCUUCGAUAGUCCAAACGCAUUGCCUUGCGUUGAAGAGAUAUUGGAAGAGAUGCAACUGGACGCAGAUAAGGCUCUAUUCGCCUAUAAGAGAUGUAUGUAUAUUAGUACCGGGACCGAUUAUCCUGUUACAACACCUCACCCGAGUACCACAAGCAGUAAUGUACUAGAGAAAGCAGAUUAUUGGUACGUAAAUUAAUAAGAACGUAAGUAUUGGUACGUUAGUUUGUAAGUUAUUGGUCGUUGUUAAGUUUUACAAUUAUGUAAUAAUGUGCCCAUUUAGGCCUUCCAAUAUUGUAUAUUAUUAUAGUGCAGCAUAUUGUUUAUUUUUACCUUAAAAUUGUUUUAUUUUACUAAAUAUGUAUACUCUACUGUCCGUGGAGUUAUAAUUAGCCCAUACCAAAGAUUACUUUUAAAAUUGCUGGAAUAAACGUCAUUCAUGCAUUCAAUAUACAAAUGUAAAAUAAACCAUAUUUGAUGGAAA